AUGACGUCCUCACUCAACUCUUGCCCGACCGAGCUCUGGGAGCAGAUUCUGUCCACCCUGUGGCACUCACCGCUGUCUUUUGCGGAGAGGAAGCAAUUCAUCCUCGCCUCGACGUUAGUGUGCACGAGAUGGAGCGCCGUGUAUGAUCUGGUUGCAGCUCGCGAUGUCUAUAUCGUAUCCCCCACCCCGUGCGACGAGUUCCGGCAGCGCGUCCGGGCAGAAGCCACGGCAUCGACCCGUGCUGCUAUAGCCCGCAUCGGCGCUGCACCCACCCAUCAGGGCCAGUCGUUCGUGCAACGAUUGCUCCAGCGCAUCUGGCCCCAUAGAUCGGCAGCCGAAUCCACCCAGGCGCCGACGAACAACUUCCGAUGCCGCUCUAUAACCAUUUCGCUCACCAACUGCCCUUUUACGGGCCGCCUCUCUCUGGGCUCCUGCCUCGACGAGCUGCUCGAAACCCUGGACGUGUUCUCCGAAACCCUGCCCAAUCUCCGAAGACUCAAUAUCGAAUACACAGACGCGUCGCCCGAUGAUCUCUUCACGCGGCGCACCUUCGCGGGCCUCCCACCCCAGCUGACGCAUCUCCACAUCCGAUUUACGGAGACCGCGUCUUCCGCUCCAGCCGCGGAAAACACUGAGCAUCCCGCGCGAGACCCGCCGCGUCCCAAGUGGUACUCGGAGACCCCCGUGAUCGUGUCGAUCUUUGGGGUCAACGAAAAUGUGGUAUUUGAGCUGAAAGCCCUCCAGCUCGCUGCUCUCUGGGCCACUGGAACAUAUCUCAAGUUGACAGAUAACAACGCACUCGCGAUCUGGAAAAACAGUAUGGAGGCCUACUUCAGAGGUGUCAUUUCUAUAAACGAGAUGCUGGAAUCGAUGGCGAAGGCCACCGCGGAAACAGAGGAUUGCAUCAAGAUGAUGGCGAAGCUGGGCCAGCCCGCAUUGGACGAAGCUCUGCGUUCUCGCAAAGCUUCAGAAGCCCAAAACGUUGCCAGAAAUGCCGAGGCACGUGAGAAGGGUGGCAAGCCCAAGGAUCGUCGGCGGAAUGAGCAGUCCAUCAUCGAUACAAUGAUCCCGUAUCUCAACAAGAUUGUUCAAAAUUUCCCUGCCGACCACAAACCCAAAUUCGAGGACACGCACGCCCGCAGAAUUGCCAGCGCGGACGAUCCAGCCGAUCAUUAUACCGCACCGGACAUCACUGCGUAUCGGCCAGGACUCGACUCUUCAGCUCCGUACACCUGGCGAAACAUCGGAUUUGUGGCCGAAGUCAAGGACAGUCUGUCUUUCAUCGUACGCCGGAGCAAGCACGAAGCCGAAGCUGUCGCUGACGGUCAGGCAAGUGCUCCCAUUGACGACGAGGAGAUUGGCGAACCAGUUGCGCCCCAGGACGAAGACGACAGGGACACCAGUGCCCAAAGCGAUAGUUCCGAGACUCGCAGUGACCCCACACGAUACCGACUCACCAGAGGCCAAGCAGGUCGCAAGGCCUAUGUGCAGCUGGGGAAGAGCGCGAGGAGCAUGCUCCUCGCGUCUGGUGGUUUGCACGUCUACCUCCUAUCCAUCGUUGGCAGAGCGGCGUUCAUCGUCCGAUUCGAUACUUCUGGGUGGACGGCGACUCCGCCAAUCAACUUACAAGAAGACAACACGGUCUUGCCUCGAUUCUUCCUCCGACUGUACAAUCCGCCUAACACACCAAACCUGGGUUCGGGCCGGAUGGCCGGCGACGAUUUCACAAUCACGCCUCUCACGGACCAGGAGAAGACCAGGUUGCGGGAUGCAUUGGCAACGAAGGGAACAUACGCAUCGGACUUGGAAAGUGUUGACGACGAUCUGACGAUGCGCAGCGUGUCAAUGCUCGCGGUGCACUCGAUUGACCGUUCUGGCGGCAAGCGGGAGCACCGGCUUGUGCGCUGUUUCACAUUCGGGAAGCAGCUGUGGCUCUCGCAUGGCCUUUUCGGCCGCGCAACGAAAGUGAUUCGGGUCAUUCUCGAAUGUGAUCUCGACAAAGACAAUCCCACUGUCUACGCGCUCAAAGACUCGUGGCGCCAAGGCUGUCGACGACCCGAGAUGCACUACUACGAUCUCAUCGACGACUUCAGGAAGAGAAAUCCUCAUGUCGUGGAAGCUCUUCGAAUUGGGUCCAUGGCCAAAUGCCAUGGCUCGAUCGACUUGUCGCUGACUCUGCCCCUGGACCUUGUCAGGGAGAAAGACGGAUACAAGUGCGAUGUCGAGUGGGAUACCGAGUCUCACAAAACGAGUUCCAUCCUCGGACACCCCGAUGAGCUCGUUGUCAUCCGUUAUCAUACGCGGACUUUGUUGACUCCCAUUGGUGUUCGGGUGGAGCGAUUCAAACGGGUCAAGGAUUUGGUCGAGGUGAUCUGGAACGGUCUAGCUCAGGCCGCUCUCGCUCAUCUCGCAGGAGUUCGACAUCGUGAUAUCAGCAACGGCAAUCUCUUGGUCGACGAGAUCCUCAAGACCGGAUUCCUUCUCGAUUACGAUUACGCCGAAUUCACGCCGGAGGGUAUCAUAGCUUACAAAGCUCUGCUUGAAAGCCGAGGUUUACCGGACGACACCGAUUUAUACGAAGAAGUCGAGAUGAGCUUCACAGAUAUCAUUGGUACGACCCCUUUUCUGGCCCUCGAUCUCGCUUUCGGCGAACCUGUUACGCACCAAGACUAUCACGACAUCGAGUCGUUUUACUGGCUCUUGAUCUGGACCAUCCUCCGGCACACUCCUCCAGAGUUCCAUGGUCACCACCGAUACAAAUUUGCACAAUUAUUCAAUCCUGAUUCUCCGGCUGAGAAAUUUUCGUGGAUGACCCGAUACCAAUCUGUUGGACCGCCAGGCUCACCGCUUGCCAGACUUUCUCUUGCACUGGUGAUUCAAGUGAAAGAACAAAAUCGAGUCAUCGUUCCGCCGGUGGAACCAAUGAAAUCAACACCCGAAAUUGAUUUGCGAAUCAAACAGCUCUUCGGGAACCUUGAUGCAGAUGUGCCUCCUCCCGAGGUACUUCCUCCUAAAAAAAUGGAAUGGGCUACGAUCUUGGAACUGUUCGGAUCUUCGCUCAACAUGGAAGGCUGGGACACGAUGCCAAGUGAUGGAUGGGUUGAGUACAUUCCUCCCUCCACGCAGGGGUCCACCCUACCAGACCAAGAUGACUCUGGGACUCUCACAACUCUCGGACGCGAGUCCAUCUCGAGCCCCAGGUCCGUGGGAUUAUUGCCCCGUGCGCCUGAUAUACACGCCAAGCGACCUGCGGACCCAUCCACCAGGGGCAGUAGUGGCUGCAAGCGACGCAAAGCCGCGGGUGGAGACGAGAACGUUGGUCGUGCUACUACUCGUGAUGAUAUCGACUAGCUACGUGUGAUUUCUCCGAAUUCAGUCAUUGUUCAUCGAUGAGAAUGUGGUGAAGCCCAAUCGAGACUCAAAAGCAGCUUUGCACGUGGAUCCUGAAAUACUUUGGUCUUUUGGUUGAGGAGACCCCCGACUUGCUGCUCUCCGGCUACUGGGACAUAUCUCCAGUUUAAC